UUUACACAAUCCAAUGAAUUUGUGACAUGUAUAUCUGUUAACAGAUGAAAAAUAAAAUCGCUAAAGGUAGACAAACACCAUGCACUCCCAGCUCUCUCUCUCUCCUCAAGCCGAAAUGCCUGGUUUUCGACUCUCCCACUCACUUUCUCUCACCCCUCAGUUGCUCUCCCUCUCUCUCUGGCUUCAUCGUAGUCGGUUCUCUCUCAAGCCGAAACUCUCUUUCUCACCUCUCAGGCUGAUCGUGUGGUGGCUGUGGCGGUGCUACUGGUGAAAAUGGUGUUUCCUCUGGUUUUGCAGGAAUUGGAAGAUUCAGCAUGCGAGACCUCAUGUGACUCCCAAAGAUCUGCCAUUGGAAAAGCCCCUCGAGCAUAACUUAACACUUUUGCUUCUCCAUCAGAAACCCGACGACAACAAAAAAAAUAAAUAAAUCAAUAAAAAAAUAAAAUAAAAGAGGAAGCAGUGGGAAGAAUAGAGCAAAAACAGAGAGCUAUCUACCUAUUUGUUGUGAUUUUCGUUUGAUAAGAGUGUUACUUUUCAUUGAUGAUAGUAAUACUGGCUCAGGUUUAAUAUGAGAGAGAGACUGACGGAAAGAGAGAGGAACGCCUGGGGAAGAAAGGGAAAGAGAAAGAAAAAGCUUCAAGAGAAAGAGAGACUGAAAGGAAACCAUCACUUCAUGGAUUUAAGCUCUGCAAUACACGAUGCCGAAAGGCCAAAGCUCAGCAUAAUUGAUAAAAUCGAUGAGGAUGAAUGUAGCAUCACUGAUCUAGGAGAUGCACUUCUCGGGCUCAUCCUAUCUUAUCUUCCCACAAAAGAUGCAGUGAAAACUAGCGUGUUAGCAAAGAUAUGGCAACACCAGUGGAUGUCCAUCUCAAAUCUUGAAUUCAGAGAAGAGGCACAGGAUGAUAGGGCACUCUUUGUGAAUUUUGUGGAGAGGGUUCUUUUGCUUCGUGAGUCCUCUGCCAUAACAAAAUUCUUUCUGGAGUGUGGUGUCCGAUAUGAUUCGUCUCGCAUUAGUAGUUGGGUAUCCACUGCAGUGAAGCAUAAGGUUCAAGAGUUAGAUCUUUGUUUUCGGGAAAUUAGAGAGCCACUCGUGCUGCCUCGUUGUGUAUUUACUUGUAAAUCACUACUGCAGUUAAAAAUUGGACAGCUGAAUGAGAUCUACGAUCUCAAGGUUCCUUCUUCUGUUUGCUUUUCAAGUCUCAAAAUCUUGACUCUCAGGCGUGUUAGAUUUCCAGACGAUUAUUCAGCAAAGACGCUCCUGUCUGGUUGCCCAGUGCUGGAGGAAUUGAAUUUGAUCGGUUGCUGCUGGGACAAUGUCAAGGCCGUCUGUAUCUCUGGUUCCAGGCUUAAAAAUUUAACCAUAAAAGAGAUGUGUAUCAAGAAUGGAAUCUGUUACCACCACAACGUGGAUACAGAGUUUGUGAUCUGUGGAGUUAAGCUGGAGUACUUCUGUUACAGCGGUAGUUUAAAUCAUAAUUAUGGCUUUAGUCACUCAUCCUCAGCAGUCAAUGUAUCCAUUGAAACAGAGCUUAGAGAUUGGAUAUUGCAUCAUCGUGCAUUUAAGCUUCUUAUGGGGCUCUCUUACACCAAAAGCCUACACGUUUGUCUGUGUGUUCUUGUUCAGGUUCUUUCUGUUUCAAGGGAGAUGUUUUCUCGGCUGCCUGUUUUUUCUCACUAGACAAAUCUUACAACACAUUGGAGUAUCUGGUUCUAUAAUGAUCUUGGUUCCCGUGAAGGACUUGUGGCCAUACUCCACAAUUCACCUUGUCUCGAAUCGCUUCAACUCGAAGGGGAAUAUUUGGAUUCUUCAUAUAAUCAAAAAGCAUAUGAUUGGAACUUAGAUCCUAUGCCUGCAUGUUUCUCGACUCACCUCAAGACUAUUGAAAUCUCUGUGAUUUAUGGAUAUAAAGAGGAGCUGUAUGGGAUAAAAAUGUUGCUAAAAUAUGCAACAGUUUUGAAGAAGAUGACCAUUUCCUUCGAUCCUGUGGGAUUCAUUGCUCCUCAUUUAUUGAAGAGAAAGUUGGAGAUUUUUGAACGAAUACUGUCUUUUCCGAGAGGAUCAACCAGUUGCAUUAUAGAGACACAUUUUCCUGCCAUAACAGAGGUUCGAACUUCUAAUGAUAUGGUCUAUAUGGAGUGAAGAUAUGCUAAAGAAGUCGAUGGAAUUGGACAAGAUAGUUAAAUAAAUUUUGUUUAGUGGCUUUUGGAGGGUGCUUGGAUUGGCAAAGGUCUCAAACAGUGGUUAUUGCAGUUUAGAGGCUUAAAAAACUGUUAAGUUAAAUCUUUUCGUGAGCGUUUCCAGCUUUCACCUUCAGCAAAGCCAUUUCAAGUCCCUUUUCCUACUUUUUUGGGAACAUCCUGCAAAUAUAUAUGGUAGUUAUCACUGUGUACUUUUGAAAGACUUGCUUUCAUCCCUGCCAUUAAUUUGGGGGAGGGAUUGAAUCAAAAAGAGAAUUUAUGGUAACUAAUUUUUUUCCUUUGCCUCUUUUAUUUCAAGAUUCCCUACUUUUACCUUCUAUCCAACUGUGUUUCCAAGUUGCUAUUAAUGGAUUAACCGUAUGUCUUUUCGCUGUAAUGGGAUGAUCUUCAGUCUCAUUUUCUGACCUCGUUUGGAAGACAAAAGCAGUCCACGUUUGAUGG